UCAAAUAAAAUGGUACCGCAUCAACUCUGCUAAAAAGAAUCGAUAGUCAUAAGUUUAUCGCUGGAACUCUUUUCUUUCUUUCUGAAACGCACGUCGCAAGGUGUAGACAUGUCGUCGAAAGUUUCACGUGACACGCUCCUCGAGGGCGUCAGCGCUCUGUUGGAGCACUCGCUGAAGAAGAAGCGCGGCUUCCUGGAGUCUGUGGAACUGCAAAUUGGCCUGAAGAACUACGAUCCCCAAAAGGACAAGCGUUUCUCUGGCACUGUCAAGUUGAAGCACAUCCCACGUCCCAAGAUGAAGGUGUGCAUUCUGGGCGAUCAGCAGCAUUGCGAUGAGGCCAAGGCCAAUGGCGUUGAGUUCAUGGAUGCUGAGGCUCUCAAGAAGCUGAACAAGAACAAGAAGCUGGUCAAGAAACUGGCCAAGUCUUAUGACGCCUUCUUGGCCUCCGAGUCUCUGAUCAAGCAGAUCCCACGUCUGUUGGGUCCCGGUCUGAACAAGGCUGGCAAGUUCCCUGGUCUUUUGUCCCACCAGGAGUCGAUGAUGGCCAAAAUCGAGGAGGUCAAGUCCACCAUCAAGUUCCAGAUGAAGAAGGUUCUGUGUCUGUCCGUUGCCGUUGGACACGUUGCCAUGAAGCAGGAUGAGCUCUCCCAGAACGUCAGCUUGUCGAUCAAUUUCUUGGUCUCCCUGCUCAAGAAGAAUUGGCAGAACGUGCGCUCCCUGCACAUCAAGUCAUCCAUGGGUCCACCACAGCGUCUGUACUAAAUUAUGUACUAUGUUGAACUUAAAAACAUUUUAAAAACAAAUAAAAUUUACAUUGCAAUGUA